AUGUCCAAAAGCCUGGGUAACGUGGUGAGUCCAGUGGAUGUGUUGGAAUAUUUUGCCGCAGCUUUUACCUCUGCCUCUUCCACUCCUCUCAGUGAGGCUGAGGUUCAUGGAAUGGCUGCCGAUUGCCUUCGCUAUUGCCUUGUGCGCAGUGCUUGCCUAACUAAUGACACUACCUUCAGCCUCCACAUGGCUAUCGAAACUGUCAACACAGAACUUGUCAACUGGAUGGGAAAUCUCCUUUCUAGAAUAACUUCUAAAAAGCUCGUUCCAAUCCAGACUGUGCCGAUGUUAGAUCUGGCGGAAGCUCAAACAUUCAUGUCUGAUGACGUUGACGCCAAGUUGUUCAAUGACCUCAGGCGUCUCCCCGGUACCUUUGACACACUGUGGUGGGAGCAGCUACAACCACAUCACUCAGUGGACGCGUUGAUGAAGGUAGUACGGCAAACCAACGCCUUUGUCGAUCGCCAUCAGCCCUGGGCUAGUGUUGCUGCCGGUGAUGAAACAGUAAAAGCAGUUGUUGGGAUCACUCUAGAGGCUCUUCGAUUGAUUGGUUGCCUACUUAUCCCUUUGGCUCCUUCCCUAUCAGACAGGUUGCUGCUUCGCCUCGGUAUCAAGUCGGAUACUUUGAGGUGCUCCUCUUGGCAUUUGAACUCCGAUGACGAAUGCUUCCACCGACCUCUUGUGCCUCGAAUUAAAACGUGA